GCCAGCUCGGAUUGUUCGUCGACUCAAGCUCAUACUACAAAAAAGGACGCAGACUCGUUGACCGGCAAGCAACGACGGAUAAUAUACGACUACUGCCAUGCUCAACUUUGAAGAUGUCGAGGAGCGCGACGGCGUAAGGCUGUCGUGGAACGUAUGGCCGUCGUCGCGCAUAGAGGCAACACGGACGGUGGUACCCAUCUCGGCGUUGUACACGCCGCUCAAGCAGCGCGAGGAUCUCCCGCCGGUUAUGUAUGAGCCCGUGACGUGCAAGCCGCCCUGUCGUGCCGUCCUCAAUCCAUACUGCCAAAUUGAUAUUCGGGGAAAGCUUUGGAUAUGUCCGUUCUGUCUCCAACGCAACUCAUUCCCGCCGCACUACAAGGACAUUUCGAACACCAACCUCCCCGCCGAGCUCCUCCCGAAGUACACGACCAUAGAAUAUACGCUUGCACGCCCGGCGCAGGUUCCGCCGAUCUUCCUCUUCGUCGUCGACACCUGUCUCGAGGAUCCGGAUGACCUCAAGGCGCUCCGCGAUGCGCUCGUCGUCAGCCUGUCUCUCAUCCCGCCCUACGCCCUCGUCGGUCUCAUCACCUUCGGUACCAUGGCCCAAGUGCACGAAUUGGGUUAUGCCGAAUGCUCCAAGUCUUACGUCUUCCGCGGCGCGAAGGAUUACUCGCCGAAGCAAAUCCAGGACAUGCUCGGUCUCUCCUCCGCCAACCGCGCCGCGCCACGUCCCGGACAGCCGAUGCCCCAGCAAAACUUUGGCGCCGCGCGCUUCCUCCUCCCCGUCUCCGAGUGCGAGCUGCAGCUGACCGGUAUCCUCGAGGCGCUCGCGCGCGACCCUUGGCCUGUGGCGAGCGAUAAGCGCCCAUUGCGUUGCACGGGUGUCGCGCUCAGCGUCGCCGUCGGCUUGCUCGAGACGACGUUCCCAAACACCGGCGCGCGUAUCAUGCUCUUCGCCGGCGGGCCAGCGACCGAGGGCCCUGGCAUGGUUGUCAGCAACGAGCUCAAGGAACCCAUUCGCUCCCACCACGACAUCGACCGCGACACUGCCAAGCACUAUAAGCGUGCUCUCAAGUUCUACGAGGGUCUCGCUAAGCGCGUGAGCAACAACGGGCAUGCGGUCGACCUCUUCGCGGGCUGCUUAGACCAGGUCGGUUUGCUGGAGAUGAAGGCACUCCCGAACAGCACGAACGGCGUGAUUGUGCUCAGCGAUUCAUUCGCGACGAGUAUCUUCAAGCAGAGCUUCUUGAGGUUGUUCAACAAGGACGAGCAAGGACAGCUCCAGAUGGGCUUCAACGCUACGUUCGAUGUCCAGACAACGAAAGAGCUCAAGGUGUCCGGCUUAAUCGCUCACGCCAUCUCCGCUGGCAAAAAGUCGCCUUGCGUCGGCGAGACCGAGAUCGGCAUCGGGCAGACAUCGGCGUGGAAGGUCAACGUGCUCAACCCACGCACGGCGGCCGCGGUCUACUUCGAGGUCGUCACGCCCGCUGGCCAGGCGCUCCAGCCCGGCUCGCGUGGGCUCGUUCAGUUCGUGACGCACUACCAACAUGCGUCGGGCCAGAACAGGCUGCGGGUGACGACAAUCGCGCGCAACUUUGCUGAGGCCGGCUCGCCCUCGAUUGCUGCGUCGUUCGACCAAGAGGCGGCGGCGGUGUUGAUGGCGCGCAUUGCGGUGUUCAAGGCGGAGAUCGACGACUCGCCCGAUGUGCUCAGGUGGCUCGACAGGAUGUUGAUUCGCCUCUGCCAGAAGUUCGCGGACUACAGGAAGGAGGACCCUACGAGCUUCAGGUUGUCGGACAACUUCUCGAUUUAUCCGCAGUUCAUGUUCCAUCUCCGACGAAGCCAGUUUUUGCAGGUGUUCAACAACAGUCCUGACGAGACUGCGUUCUAUAGACAUAUAUUGAACGAGGAGGAUGUGAACAAUUCGUUGAUCAUGAUUCAACCGACGCUCAUGUCGUACACGUUCGACGUGCCGGCGCAACCCGUAUUGCUCGACUCAGUAUCCAUCAAGCCCGACGUCAUCCUACUAUUGGACACGUUCUUCCACAUUCUGAUCUUCCACGGUGAGAUGAUUGCUCAGUGGCGAAAAGCGGGUUACCAGGAUCAGGAGGGCUAUGAAAACUUCAAGGAGCUCCUCGAGGCGCCCGUGGCCGACGCUCAGGACCUCCUUGCGGACCGGUUCCCGAUUCCGCGAUAUAUCGUCUGUGACCAGGGCGGAUCGCAGGCCCGGUUCUUGCUGAGCAAGCUUAACCCGAGUACGACGCACAUGAGCGCGAGCAUGUACGGCACUGCUGGCGCUGGUGCAGGCCAAGCCAUCUUCACGGACGACGUGAGCUUGCAAGUGUUCAUGGAGCACUUAAAGAGAUUGGCCGUGGGCGCACAAACGAAUUAGAUGCGGGCGGAGUGCGGAGGUAGAGGCGGACUGAGAUCACUUGGUGUAUCGCGUGCUUUGUUACUGUCGACAUGUAUUGAAACAGGAGUGGUUUGUGAUUAGCAUUUCGUUUUCGAUCUGGUACGUAUCGCGGGUGUAGUGAAGGAGGAGGCGGGAGGCGGAAGGCGGAAUAACGGCGCGGAGGAUCGGCCGCCGGUAGCGGAAUAUAGCCACGUCCGGGUUAUCCGUCACGAGCGUGACUUUUGUACUUAACCCUCUCCUCGUUCCCUGUCAGUCCC